GUUAAAUAAUGAAUUCUCCCCCAAAACAAGAAGGAUUACUCUAAUAUUUUUCUUUGGACAACUGCGGUAAACCAUCACCUUGUGAACAUUGAUCGACUAUCAAAGAUGUCUUGUGGUUCUAAACGAAGUAUGCCUAGAGAUGAAACCGAGGAUUUGGCCAUCUUACGACUGACUGUUAAACGACUAGAGGAUCUUGAGCAUGAACGAUAUGUGAAAACGAAAUCUAGCCGAAUGUUGGACAUUUCACAGCUCGAAAACCAGAUUUUGGCAAAUAUUAAAACUAUGGAAACACAUUUCAAACAUUAUUUAGAGAGCAAUGGCUACAGUAAGAACCUUUUACUCCAAUCAAGCACAAGUCAAUCAUUAACUUCAUUACAUCAAGAGCUGGCAACUCCUUUGCACAGUUCUUUGUUUGAAAUGAUUGAGAAACUGAAAGGUGACGUAAAACUUCUGGAAGAUGAAUGCCAAGUAUAUAAACUCAGAAUGGAAAGUUUACAAGAGUCGGAGGAUAGGCAUCUAAAAGCAAUCGAGAGGCUGAAAAAAGAACUGCAAAUAACAGAAACCUGUCAAUAUAAAUCAAACGAUCAAAUAGAGUGUUUGAAACAGAAAAUUGAUCGAUUGCAAGGGAAAAUUGUAUUGAAAGCUGAGGAAGUAGAUAGAAUUACCGAAGAAAAUAGAAUGAAUGAAGAAAGAUUGAGUGUCAAGAUAGCAGAACUCGAAAGAGACACCCAGGCACACAGAGUGACUCUCAUAAACUUGAGUACCAAACACACCUUGACGGAAGCAGAUCGUUUGAAAUUGGAAGGUGAAUAUGCAGAAAGAUGCAGAGAGAACAGAAGGUUACAAUUUCAAGUAAAAGACAUUGAAGAAAAAUUAAAGGUGUACCAAGAAGCAGAAAAAAAUAUCGGUGCCAAUGUCAUUCCUCGGCAGACGACAACAGGCAUAUACACUAGUGGUGAUGAACGAAAGUGCGGUGCAGUCAAAUCUGGGAACUGUUUAGUUCGUGAUCAGAGCAGGUACAACGCAAUCUUGUGUUUUGUGUCAUCAUAUCUUCAUCAGUGGAAUAAAGCUAGUGAAUAUCUCGUAGUGAACGGAGAGGAUGAAUAUAAAAUUGCGCGCAUUCUUGGUAAAAUUAUGCAGGUAGCUUACAAAGAAUGCAGAAAGUCAGUGGAAAAGCAUCUCCUAGGGAACUCCAGGACGAAAUCUAAGGAACACUCAUCAGUAAGAAACCUUGAACGAUCAGGUCUACCUAGCUUGUUUGAUCUAUCAAUAGAGAUGGUAGAGAUUAAUUCCACCAAAAUAUUUGCAGAAAUCUACAAGGUUGUGGACGCCUCGUUGAUGUCAGAAAAUAGCAGUGCGGCUGAAUCAGGUGUAUUAGAAAACUUCAAGAAGUUCAAUAUCAUCGCAUUGUGGAAACUGUUAGCAAAAUUCAGAGAUGUCUAUUUGGAGGGUCAAGGGUGGAAAAUCUCCAAUGAAGAUGUUGGAAUACCAUUAUGUGAAAGAAUUACGAUAUGGCCAGAAGUGUUUCUAAUAAAAUCAAAAUAAUUUUCUAGUAUCAUGAUCAUUGUACGAAACCACAAAUAAAAAUGAUAAUAUUGUU